GCAGUGUGCAGGAGAAAAGCUAGUCCGCCCGGGAAAUGUGGCAGUGAUGUGAACGUUCCGCCCACGUGGCAGGCGCUGUGUGAGCAGAGAUAGAGGAAAGGACAGCGCAUGGACAAGACGCCGAAGUUUUCUAGAAGGCAGAUUUUUUUUUUUUUUUUGUCGUACUCCUUAAGAAAGACAGUGUCAGCAUCUGGCUGAUCAAGUAAGAAUGUAGGACCAUCCCACUCUCAGGCACCAACACACACACAGCUCCAUGUACAGUCUGCAAACCUGCGGGGAGAAAGCAGGCAGCAACCACAUCUCCAAGGUUCUAACCCAUUUUUCUGUGUGGAUGAAGUUUGCUAGGUAAAUAAGGAUGGAGAAAACAAACGGAGAAAAUGCUGUUUCGAAGGAGGAACCGAAGGAGAACCGAGUGUCUUAUUCCGUGGAGACGCCUUAUGGGUUCCACCUGGACCUCGACUUUCUUAAGUACGUGCAUGAUAUCGAAAAAGGGAAUACCAUCAAGAGGAUCCACAUUCACAGAAGAGCCAAGCAAUCCAAGUUUAGCACGCUGCCUCGUAACUUUAGUGUGCCGGAAAAUGGGUCGCAGUCCUACUCGGCAGCCUCGAGCAGAACCUGGAGUCCCAGCGGCCACAGGAGCGGCACAAGAGAUGGGUUUUCAGGAAACGAUUCCUCUUUGCGCCUGAGGUACGUCCACGAGUUGAACUAUCGGAGAAAGGAUACUGUCAGCGAUGCCGCGUUAGAAGAAUUGGCGCCUGAAGAUUUUAGCGGCUGCAGGGAUCGCCCACAAUUCGCUCGAGCUUCUAGUCUUCCAGCCAGCCUUCCACAAAGCACAAUGUCUUCUGAUCAAACCCACUACUUGAAGGUCAGGUGUAACAUGGGCGCCUUCAGCAACAGUUUACUGGGUUCCUCGGAGGAGCCGGCGAGUCCAUCGCGACUCCAGUCCAAUCAGCAGCUGGCAGCCGCAUUCAAGAAGAUCAAAGAACUGGAGGAACAGAUAAAAACCAUCCCAGAACUGCAAAAAACUAUCUACGUCCUCGAAGGCAAAAACAACAAGUUAAACACUCAGCUGAAGUCACUUUCUCAAUUCAUAGGGAACGUAAAAGAUCAGCGGGAAGAAGAGUUUUUGGAAAACAAGGCAAAAACGGAGAGCGUGGACAAUGGAAAUGGAGAAGUCAAUGGACAGUUGAGCUACGACAAUCUAAGCGACUCGCCGUUCUCCACCAUCAAACAGCAGGUGACGGGUCUGACCAAGAGACUUGACGACCGGGCCAGGGAGGUGCACAAUCUGAGGGUUUUGGUGGAGAAACAAAACAACGAAUUGAAGGCCAAGGAUGUGUAUAUAGCGGAUUUGACCAAAAUGUUGGAAUGCAUGGAGGAAAGCAGAAGGGAAAGUGGGAGUAAACACUUGAGGGAUACGGCGGUCAACACGGAAGAAGUUCCAGCUGAAGAGAAGAAGGAAAGUCUUGAUAAAGAUACGUAUGCCAAUAUAAGCCCUGAGACUCGGUCAGUAGGCUGUGGUGUCCAUCAUGCCGAUCUGGAUCUGGACACCGAUCAUAGUCUGGCCACCAAUGAGACUGGCGCCGCGGCCCCUGUAGUACAGGAUGAGAUGUUGGUCGAUGAUAAUAAUGAAUGUAGUAGAGUAGAAAUGGAUAGAAUGACUAAGACUGACGCCAAAGAAGGUGAUGUGGUGGACGCCUUGACGGACUCUCAGAUUUGUGGCAAUAACAAAGACUGCAACUAUGAAGAACCUGUCCCUGUCAGGCACUGCCCCACUGUCCAUCAACCCCCCGCAGAUGCCUCCAUAGGACAGUAUGUUAAACGAAUCCAGGACCUACUACAGGAACAGUGGACGUGUCUAGAACAUGGAUAUCCGGAUCUGGCCAGCGCCCUGAGACACCCGGCGUCCAAACUCAGCUCCAUCCAGAACCAACUGGUGAAUUCCCUCAACUUGUUGUCCUCGGUUUACUCCACCCAAACAACAUCUGAGCGGGAGAAUCUCAGGCCGGAGAGUCAGCCAGCAGAAGCGUCUCCCAGGAGCCUGAAGUCUAUAAUGAAGAAAAAAAACAGCAGCGGCCGCUCGGCUGGAGAGACUCGAGCUAAGAAGAAUCUCCAGUUUGUUGGGGUCAAUGGUGGUUAUGAGACAACAUCUAGUGAGGAUUCUACUUCCUCUGGGGACGACGGAGACAGCGAUGGUGAGGAGGGGACCGAGAUGGCCUCACAGGGUGGAGAUGGUGACCGCACGGACAACAUGGCCCAGCAAGAAGCUGAAAAGGAGGAAGAGAAGUUACUGGAAACUCCGGGCCCAACAAUAUCAUCAGAGGCUCCACAGAGUGUGCAGAGGUGUACAGUGGGAGAAUCCUUCCGCAGCGAGUGCCAGAUACUGAGCAGCCAUCUUGCAGAACUGAGGACCACCACGGAUAAUAAGCUGAGACAAACAUUAUACACCGUCUGCCAAGAGUGGUUCCGAGUCUCCAGCCAGAAGACGUCCUCGCCGGAUUUGGUCGCCGUUUAUCUGGAGGAAUUCCGAUCGAUCAGCCCGCAGCUAUUGCAGAUGGUGGUCAAUAUCGCCGACGAGAACGGGAACACCGCCCUGCAUUACAGCGUGUCCCACUCCAACUUUGGAAUCGUAAAGCUGCUUAUGAACACAGGGGUUUGCGAUGUGGACCAUCAGAAUAAAGCGGGGUACACCCCGGUGAUGCUCACCCCCCUGGCGUCAGCCGAGACGGACGAAGACAUGGAAGUGGUGAAGGCUCUUCUGACGCUGGGAAAUGUUAAUCUCUCCGCCCCUCAGGGUGGACAAACAGCGCUGAUGCUCGGAGUUAGCCACGGACGCUCGGACAUGGUGAAAGUCCUCCUGGAGUGCGGGGCGGACGUGAAUCUGACGGCUGAGGACGGCGAGACCGCCCUGAUCAUCGCCUGCCAAGUGGGGAACCUGGAAAUCGUGAAGCUUCUCCUAUCUCAUCCAGACUGUGACGUGGACCUGACGGAUAAGGCUGGUAACUCGGCUUUGUCUAUUGUGCUGGAUUCCGCCCACAGAGAGAUUGCAGAACUUCUACAAGCCCACACAGAGCCCGGCUGUCCCUGCCCCUCCGCUGACACCGGAGAAGGAGGUUCAUUGUAAACAACCAUGGAGGACAAAAGACUCAUUCAUCUGAGCGCUCACUCCACUCCGAACAGCGAGAGCGCAAAUCAUCCAUCUCUGCAUUGUCUUCAUUUACACUCAACUAUUCCAAAUAUGUGUAUAGGGCCCGGCUCUCCGCUGCCAGGGGGGGGGGGGGGUCAGAUACGCCAAUGUCUAUUCUCUUCACGUCUACAGGAAUGGUAACCCAUAUAGCGGGGGGUUACUGUAUAUUAGAUUGUCGCUGGAAAUUUUUUUUCGAUUUUGGAGGCAACCAAUUUUUUGGACCAAAGUUCUGGAUGCCAUUUUUUUUCUUCUAUUUUAUUUUAAUUUUUUUCUAUUUUAUUUUUAUAAAUUUACCAAGAGCAAACCCCCCCCCCCCCCCCAA